CGCUGCCCUUUUGACACCGCACGACGUCUCAUUGUAUUGGAAGCGGCUGUACGGGACUAUCGCGGGGUCGAGAUAACUGACACAGAAAGCGUAUCGGUACGACACGCCAACUUUCGUUCGGUGGAGAUUAUCGGUCACUCGUGACUCCGCGGUGUCUCGAAUCCUUGCGUCGAGCCACGCAAAUAUCCUCGUUAUCGGCGCUGCUUUUUAUAAUCCGCUCGCUUUUAUUUACCCCCUACUUGGCGUCGACACCGGCAUCUCACUGGAUCUUGGAUUCGGAUGCGCUGGUAUCUCGUCGUCAGCUCGUUGUCAGUUCCCCGCUAUUCGAAAUAUCGGUCGGACGUUCGAUUCGGUUGCAUUAUAUUCGCGUGGACUUCGAGCACGGGGGAAAUGGGCGUGAAAGCGGAGAGCACUCUCGUGGGACUGAAGUACCCCAGCCUACGCGACGAGAAGUUGAAAACCGGGGUUGGCUGGCUACGCGGAAAGAGGGAAGACGACGGCGCCGAAGGACUUUGGAGAGUCGGGGACAAACUCUACGACCUUGACGGGUGGGCGAGAAAUCACCCGGGCGGUGCGGAAUGGAUCACGCUCACCCAGGGGACCGACAUCACCGAGGCCUUCGAAGCGCAUCACGUCUCUCUAUUGGCCGAACGUUUGCUACCGAAAUUCUACGUCCGGGACGCCGCGACGCCGAGAGCCUGUCCCCUGACCUUCGAGCCCGACGGCUUUUAUCGGACUUUCAAAGCUCGCGCCAGAGAAGCCCUCAAAGGCGUGAAUUUUCACAGGUCGUCGAAAAAGUCGAAUCUCACCGCGGACCUACUCUGCGCGACGACGUUGUUCUUGUGUCUGACCGCCGCCGCGACGGAAUCUUGGAUCGCCAUCGUUGGGGGUGGUAUCUUCCUGACGUGGACGGCGAUAUCCGGACACAACUUCCUCCACCAACGGGACUCGUUCCGCAUGUACUACAUGGAUCUCUGCCCGAUGUCGUCCAAGGAGUGGCGAAUCACCCACGCCCUCAGUCACCACAUGUACACGAACACGCUCCUGGAUAUCGAGAUAUCGAUGUUCGAGCCGGUAUUCGAAUACCUACCCCGCGCGGACAAAGGACCGAUUUCGCGUUACGCUCCCUGGCUCUACACUCCGAUCGUCUACAUGACCACCUACUUCGUCCACGGGUUCAAAAGGUUUUACAGUGCAUUUUUCGAGUCGAACGGCCCGGAAUUCAGAGACGGGAUCCCGUUCGUUAUCCCGGUGCUGAUGUGCCUGGCGGCAGCGUCCCCGUUGUCGGCUCUUUGGAUUUGGCUGAAAAUAGUGACGGUCGGGAGCUUCCACUUCACGUUCGUCGGUUUGAACGCCGCUCACCACCACCCCGACAUUUACCACGACGGGGACGUCCGCCGAGAGGACACCGACUGGGGCCUCGAGCAGCUGGACGCCGUUCGCGACCGCGUGGAAAUCGAGACUUCGUUCUUUCUCGUCCUGACGAAUUUCGGGAGUCACAGUCUCCACCAUCUACUGCCCACGGUGGACCACGCCUAUCUCCCCCUCUGCGAGCCAGCCUUCCAAAAAACCUGCCGAGAGUUCGGCGUCGAUACUUCCUUGUGGACGCAAUGGAAACUGACCAAGGGCCAGUUCAGGCAGCUCGCCAACGUCGAGCCGAAAACCACCCCUAACGUCCGAUAAGCGCGAUUGGUAUGGAUCGGUUUGUUUUGGCAAAAUAUACAUAAUAACACGAGCAUGGUUUAUUUUAUGUGUUAUUAUUAUCACUUUAUAAUAUCAUACAAUACAGUUGACAUAACGUGUUCAUUUCUAGAA